UGCAUAUAAGGGCUGGUACGCCGAGGGCUCUAAUUUACGCUCGUCCUUCGUUCUGAUUGUGUUUGAAUCGGAUUUUGAGGCAAUUCGCAAGGUUACGCAGAGUUACCGCAAUCCUUGUUAUCUGAAGGGGUUUCAGGAAUAAGCUUAAUGGCUAACAAGGCGUCUUCGAUACUCGUUACGGGUGGUACGCAGGGCAUGGGAUACCACUGUACGCGCGCCAUCGCGGGGCAAUGCCCAGACACGCUCGUCGUCAUCGCCUCGCGAACGGAUCCGAACGACGCCGCGGCGACCAUCAACAAGGCGCUCAACCAAUCGAACGUCGAAUUCAUGCCCUUGGACCUCUCCUUCCUCUCCAAAGUGCGCGACUUCGCGAAGCGCUGGGAAGCAGAGAAGCGUCCACCGAUUCAGGCAUUGGUGUUUAAUGCAGCGGGCCAGUGGCCGGGGGUUGUGGAGUACACGGACGAUGGGAUUGAGAAGAACUUUGCGGUGAAUCACCUGGGCCAUGCGCUGUUGUUUCAUUUGCUGGCGGGGAAAUUGGUGGGAGAUGCGAGGAUCGUGGUUGUGAGCAGCGGUGUGCAUGAUCCAGAGAUGGGGUGGGGCAUGAUUCCGAAUUGGACGACGGCAGAAGAGAUGGCGCGGCCAAGCAAGGAAAGCGAGAAGAGGAGCAACGGCAUGGACCGGUACGCUGCGUCCAAAGUCGCAAACAUCCUCUGGAUGCUUGCGCUCUCCCGGCGUCUCUCCGCCUCCUCUGCUCACGCGAACAAGACGGUCGUGGCCUUUGAUCCAGGCCUCAUGCCGGGCACAGGUCUACAGCGCAACUGGAGCUGGUUUGCGCGCUGGCUGAUUGCGAAUGUGCUGCCGAAGAUGGUGCCGCUGCUACGCGUGGUGUGGAAUCAGAAUAUCCAUUUGUCGGAGGAGAGCGGCGAGAGUUUGGCGUGGCUGGUGGUGGGGGAGGAAGUAAGGGGGAAGGGGAUUUAUUAUGAGGGGAGGAUGGAGCAGAAGACUGCGGUGGUUACGAGAGAUGAGGGGUUGCAGGAGGACCUUUGGGGCUGGACUGUGGAGAGGGUUUCUGAGGGGAGAGAGGAGAGGGAAGCGUUUGGGAGGUUGGAUUAGAUGGGGUGCGGAUGUGGGCGGGCUAGCAUGUGCUGCCUGGCCCGCGGUUUGGCCGUCGUGAUUUCUCUUCUUCAAGGGCUUCAGGGGUCCUUUGAAAGGUUAUCCGGAUAAGCUUCAACUCUGACCAGUACUAAAGUUGCCCAGAUGCGUCAGA